AUGGAAGUGGCCGAUCCGCUUGAGAAUUUUCGCGAUUCCUUUGGAAAUGACUGUGUUGUGGAGAGGAGGGCGAGGAAGGAAUUAGAAAUGAGUGAGUCCUACGUGGUUGUGUCUUCUGAGGUGAAAGAGCUGCAAGACCGGAUGGCAGCUCUGGUGGCGGCAGAACAUUACGAGGAAGCAUGCGUGGUCCGCGACAGCCUAGCUAUGAUGGAGUUUCGGAAGCGUUUGUUAGAGAUUCAGGCCAAACCGCGCAUUAUGUACCGUGUGGGAGAUGUCAUCGUUCACCGCAGAUAUGGCUAUCGCGGAGUUGUGUAUGGUCAUGAUCCUGAGUGCUCAGCCCCUUCCAGCUGGCAAGAUGCAAUGAAAGUGGACUUGUUGACACAUGGGAGAAGUCAGCCCUUCUACCACGUCUUGGUAGACACCCGGGAUAGAGCAGGUGGCGUCUCCACGUACGUCGCACAGGAAAAUCUCGUAGCCCAGAGUGAUGCUUCACCAGUUGUUCACCCGUGGAUUCCAAAGUUUUUCGUGGGGUUUCAAGAUGGCACGCUGGUGCUGAAGGUGGCGAAGCGCUUACCGCAGCAUCUAGUAGCGGGGUUCUACACGGUUGAGGCGAAGGCGGAGGGCACGGGGGAACGACUCGGGCUGGAUGUUAUCACUUUCGCGGGCGAGCGCGCGCCGCUAUGCAGAUUACGAAGAGGCUGCGGACCCAAGAUCGGCAAGUACUAUGUGGCAAUAGAUGAGUUCGAGCGGGUAGUGUUGCCGCACCUCAUGCCGUCAGACACCACACGCCUGCACAUUGUGGACGAGAUCGGGCGCAUGGAGCUCUGCAGUGACAAGUUCAGAGACGCUGUUCUCAACCUGCUCGCCUCUCCCGUUGCUGUGUUUGGCGCCCUGCCCGCCCCUCGUUAUGGUCACACAUUGGAGCUAGUAGAGGAAAUCAAGCAGCGCGCCGACACAGCCGUGCUCACACUCACCAAGGCCAACAGGGACGCCACAGCAGCCAGCAGGGACGCCACAGCAGUGCAGGUAGAGGAGCUUCUGCUCACUUAUCCCUCUCCCCCCUUAUUCUUCCCUUACCCCUUUCCCGCUCACCCUGACCAAGGCCAGCAGGGACGCCACAGCAGUGCAGAUAGAGGAGCUGCUCACACGCCCCUAUCCAGGAAGGGGAGAAGCAGCGAAGGGGGGAGCGACCAUGCGCUCAUGCCUCAUGCCAUUCCUCCAUAUCCUCCCUUUUCCCCCUCACUCAUCCCCCCCCUUUCAGCCGUGCUCACACUCAUCAAGGCCAACAGGGACGCCACAGCAGUGCAGAUAGAGGAGCUUCUCACACGGCUCAUCCAGGAGGGGGGGAAAAGCCCCUAUGCCCUCAUGCCUCAUGCCCUCCCUCCAUAUCCUUCCUUUCCCCCCUACCUUAUCUCCCCCCAUUCAGCCGUUCUCACGCUCACCGGGGCCAACAGGGACGCCACAGGAGUGCAGAUAGAGGAGCUUCUCACACGGCUCAUCCAGGAGGGGGAGAAAGGGGCGGGGGAGGGGGCGAACAUGCCCUUAUGCCUCAUGCCCUCCCUCCAUAUCCUCCCUUUUCCCCCUCACUCAUCCCCCCCCUUUCAGCCGAGGGGGAGAAAGGGGCGGGAGGGGGGCGCCCAUGCGCUCAUGCCUCAUGCCAUUCCUCCUUAUCCUCCCUUUUCCCCCUCACUUAUCCCCCCCCAUUCAGCCGUGCUCACGCUCACGAAAGCAAAUAGGGACGCCACAGCAGUGCAGAUAGAGGAGCUUCUCACACGGCUCAUCCAGGAGGGGGAAAAGGGGGCGGGGGGGGCGCUAGGGGAAGAGGGGGAGGGGGACGGGGGAGUGGGGGGAGUGGGUGGGUUGGGGGGAGAUGGUGGGGGGAAUGAGGGCGAGGGGGAGAGCAACAUAGGAGUGGGUGGUGGGGGUCUAGGGUACGGAGGGGUGAGGGGAGCAGGAACUGGUGCAGCGAAUGCCGUUCCGGCAGCGGCAGCAGGUUUGGAGACCGGAGCGGCAGGUCCGGCGUUGAUAAGCGGAGGUUCGGGAGCGGGGAUGAAUCAUGUGCUAGCUGCAGUGCAAGCCCAUGUGGCCAAUGCGGACCUCUUUGAUGGGUCUCAUACUGUUCAUGGGUAG